AUGGUUCUGCGCCAAACUUGGCACACUAUCUACAUGACCAGCAUUGAAUACUGGUCUCUGGAUUCCCUCUUGGGCAAAGCCACGCAAGGCCUUUCGGUGCUGGACUCUCAUUUGGUGGAAAUCGAUGGCGACGCGCUCUACCUGUAUGGCUCAGGGGCGCUGGAAUCCCUGGACCGGAACUGGAGCAUCCAGACGGCUGGCAGCAUUGCCAGCAUCUCUUUCGUUUUCAUAGACUUUGACGAAAUCGUUCCAGUGCUGCCAAAACUGAAGAUCAAGUUUCCUAACUUUGUGCACUUGAAAUUCAAGGAGACGAACUUGGUCAUGUUGCAGCAAUUCAACGCCUUGGCCCAUGUUCGCCGCCUGGAGCAGCUGACGGUGGAUGCGGAGGGGAAUCCCAUCGUCACCUUCACCCUCUGGAAGUAUUACGUCCUCUUCAGGCUGAGCCAUUUCAACCUGCAAAAGAUAAAUAGCAUAGAGGUCACACAGAAUGACAUGGUGAUGGCCGAGCGACUCUUUGGCAUCCUGGCCUACAUCGCCUCCUCUGACGUGCCCUAUUCUUUUUUUGUACAGGAGACGAAGGACAGGAAGAACUUCUGCCAGUCGUACAUCCAAGAGAUGGUGAAGGAAGCCACGGACAUCAGCAUGAAAAACGAGUCCUUCCAGAAACUCUGGCCGCAGAUGUUCAUUGAACUCGUCAGGGACGCCGUGAUCGAGAUACGCAACAAGGAUGCCUACAUGAAGCUCUGCCUGCAACGCGUCGUGGGCCAGAAAUCGUAGAAGGCGCAGGUUUCCUCUACUUGGAUUACACACUGGGCUGUCUUUCCACAAAAAGCGUAAAAUGUCACCCUUGGGCACUGAAAACCUGUAAAGAUUGGCACAGAGAGACCUUUUCCUCACAGAUGGAGAUGAGAAGUCGUCCCCCUCCUUGUACGCAUCGACACAGUGUGCUGAUGUCUUGGCACCUUUACCGUCCUUCACCGAAUCCUAAAUUCUCUGCUGUUUUCAUGCUAGAACACCAGUCUUAAGGGAAGCACCUCUUUCAGAUGCUCACCCUUUCAGGGUUUUCCCCUCUUGCCUUGACACUCCGCUGCUGUGGAAUAUCACUGGGUUUUGGGGACUGGGGAUUUAAUAAAUUAUUCUGUUUAUAACUUCCAAAA